AUGAAUGGCGUGGAAUUGCUACUUAAGAACGUCACCUGGAUCUCGUUUUUGAAGGAUGUCAGGGUUGGACCAUACAGUAAUCGGCAAGAGACUUAUGCGUACUUCUCCUUACCAUUUUGUCGAGGUCCCAAACAAUCCAUUAGUCACUACCACGAGACAAUGGGGGAGUCUCUUCUUGGAGUUGAGCUUGACUUCUCUGGCUUGGAUAUUAAAUUUAGAACGAACACAAAGAAGACGGUUUUCUGCAAAAUGAAGCUUACAAACGAGGCUUACCAAACCUUCGUGUAUGCCAUCAAGAACAGCUACUUCUAUCAGAUGUACCUCGAUGAUAUGCCUAUUUGGGGGCAUUGUAUGCCUAACUUACAACCCAGUAAUCAGAUGAGAUCGGUAGUGGAUGUCAAUCUCACAUCAGGCGGUCAUGUGGCCAUUCAUCCAGGGGUCGAGUUGGAAUUCACUUAUGAGGUUAAAUGGGUUGCUUCGCCAGUUCCAUUUGCUGACAGGUUCGACAAGUAUCUCGAUCCGAGUUUCUUCCAACAUAGGAUCCACUGGUUCUCGAUUUUCAACAGCUUCAUGAUGGUUGUCUUCCUUGUUGGGCUAGUUUGGAUGAUUCUCGUUAGAACACUUCGAAAGGAUUACGCUAGAUACCAGAAGGAGGACAGUAUCGACGAUUUGGUGUGCGGUGUUGCGUUCCUCAUCAACUUCAUAGCUAUUUAUUACCACGCUUCGCGAGCUAUUCCAUUCACCGUUAUGUUAGCUGUCACUGCGAUCUGCCUGUUCGUUAUCCUUCCAUUGACAUUAGUUGGAACUGUACUUGGACGUAACAUGUCUGGCCAAGGAGACUACCCGUGCAGAGUAAACGCUGUUCCUCGCCCAAUUCCUGACAAGAAGUGGUUUGUGCAGCCAUGGUUGAUUGUGCUUAUGGGAGGUGUUCUGCCAUUUGGAAGUAUCUUUAUCGAGAUGUAUUUUAUUUUCACCUCAUUUUGGGCGUACAAAAUCUACUACGUUUACGGUUUCAUGCUCCUUGUCACCAUUAUUUUGGCAAUUGUCACUGUUUGUGUCACAAUUGUUUGCUCGUACUUCCUGCUGAAUGCUGAGGAUUACAGAUGGAGGUGGACUAGCUUCAUGGCAGGUGCAUCGACGGCGCUAUACGUGUAUCUGUAUUCGGUUUAUUACUUUUUCUUCAAGACAAAGAUGUACGGUUUGUUCCAAACGGUCUUCUAUUUUGGCUAUAUGGGCAUCUUCUCUGCGGCGCUUGGUCUCAUGACUGGCACAAUCGGCUAUGUGGGAACGGCGAAAUUUGUACGAAAAAUUUACUCCACGGUAAAAAUCGACUAA